AUGCCGAUCGCAGCUCAGGUUCUUAUUGCUGGCGCAGGUCCCACCGGGCUCGUGGCCGCCUUAUCCCUCUUACGCAACGGAGUCACGGUACGCGUUGUGGAGAAGGCAGAUGGUCCACGUCCCGGGCAACGAGGCGCCGGAAACAUGCCACGUACCUUGGAAACGUACCACUUCCUUGAUGUGCCAGAGCUUAUCGAGAAGGGUACCUUGCCUCCGUUAAUGCAAGCGCACACAUACGGCAGCGCUGAUAUCUUAGAGGAGUUCUCUAUGGUCCCAGUGUUUGAUGAAACGCCUGCUUGUCCAUUUAACAACUCUCUUGCUAUAGGCCAAUGCACCGUAGAACAGACCUUAGCAUCGCACGUUGAACAGCUUGGAUGCAUCAUUGAAUAUGGCAAGGAGCUUCUCUCGUUUAAGCAAGACGAGGGACACGUGGUAGCAGAAAUUGCUGCCAAGGAUGGAACUAUUGAGACGACGGGAGUGGAGUUUCUCAUUGGCGCUGAUGGAGCUCGUGGCGUCGUUCGUAAGCAGCUCGGCCUCACAUUCUUAGGCGGUCAAGGUCUCAACUCCGGCGUCCAAGAUGCGUUCAACCUCGGAUGGAAAGUUGCACUUGUUGCAAAGGGCCUUUCCCCGCUCUCCCUCCUCGAAACCUAUACAGCCGAGCGUCUUCCCGUCAUCGCCCAGAUGCUCAACCUCACCACCGACCUACUCAACAAAACUUUCGGCAAAGCACGCAGCACGGUUGAGACCGCAUUUCAUCGCGGCAGGAUCUUGUUCAUGUUCGGCGUCAACUAUCGCACAAGUCCAAUUGUGAUCGACGAAUUCUCCGCCGGACUUCCUCCCGUGCCAGCGUACGGCGUUGAGCUCAGUGGUGAGCUCGUUGCGGGGGACAGGGCGCCUGAUGCUCCCGGCCUGUCCGAAGGAAAUUCGACUGUUACCCUAUUUGAUAUCUACAGGGUGACGCACCACACGGUCUUGGUCUUCGCUAAUAACACUCAAAGAGCGCAUGAGGUUGUCGAGCCACUGUUGUCUUAUUCUAACUUGGCUAGGUUCGUUGUCGUUUUGCCAUGUGCAUCGGUCUCGAUGGAGGCUGUCAAGGGGGCGAGAGUCCUCGUUGAUAGGGCCGGAUUCGCAUAUUCGCAUUAUCUGGUCAAAGAGGACACUCGUAUUAUAAUCGUGCGACCUGAUGGAGUAGUUGGUGCGAUUGUUGGCGGACUAUCAGGCACUCAUCAAUAUUUCUGUUUGCUCACGGGCCAGACAUGAAUUAUAGUACUGCAAGUAAUUGUAUAAUAAUAGUAAAC